AUGAAAUAAAUUUCUGAAAGUGCUCACAUUUUGUAGAAGGUUUAUAAUCCAAAAAAAAUGAAUAAGUUAUUUAUGACUACUCAUUAUUAACUUUAGAAUGAGACUGAUUUAAUUUUUAAUAAGUUUAUGGUGAUGCCACUAUUCGGAUUAUCAGUGGCAAAUGGAGUUUCACCUCUAAGCAUUAAACAGAAAUAUUUAUGCAGUGAAUAUAAAAAAUAAGAAUUAUACGAUUGCAAUCUUAUGUUAAUUAUGUCAGCAUAUUCUGAUUUAGCUGUAUAUAGAUCCAAAACUAUGUAUUUAAAAAGGAAUGGAUUAGAAUAAAUUUUUAAAUAUUUAGCUCUUCCAAAUCAUACAUAUAACAUACAUAUCAGUUUAUUAAGUUAUUUUGUUCCUUAAAGGUAUUUUUUUGAAAUUAUUGAGAGUAUUUUAUAAACAAGUAUUGUAAGCUUUAAAGAAUUUUGAAUUAUUGGAUUAAAAACAUCUUGAAGAAUUAACUCAAAGUUCAUCUAACAUAAAUUAGUUUGUUAGUGAUAACAAUCUUGACUCAAUUUUAUUUAAAAAUUAAGAAUUUAUAGAUUAUCAGAAAUGGAAAAAAUUAUUGAAAAAUAAUGCAAUAAUAAAUUUAUAAACCCUUCAUUAACAUAAUUUAUCUUAAUAAUUAUUUGCAUAAUAUUUUCUAAAAUACCAUCAUUAUGAAGGAUAUGAAAAUGAUAUAAAAAAAUUAAAUAAAUAUUUGAUUGAGGAUUUUGAUAUGUUUAAGGUAAUUAGUAUAUAAUUAGAGUUUAGUUUAGAUUUAGAUUAGAACAUAAUGAAAAAAAAAUGAAAUUUUAUUUUCUUAGAAUGUUAGUUUAUUUUGAAUUAAAUGAGAGAUUAUAAAAAUUUUUGAAGUUUACAUUCAAAUCAUAUUAGCUUGAUUGGAAUAAAGAACUUAUACGAGAAAUGAAGAAUAGUAUAGAUAAAAAUAAAAGAUAGUGA